AUCCAAUGUGUCUGCAAGGCGACGGAAAUCGCAGUGAUUGGGGCAUAACUUUUCCUAUUUUUUUUUUUUUUUUUUUUGUGGGAGACGGCCCGAGUCAUGGGCUCGCUUCAUCCCUUUCAUGUCGUCGCCAGAGCGGCGGCGUUUAGGCGAUGGCGCGCGGCGACAUGGUCUGAAAACCAUCGGUGUGUGUAUGGGAAAGACAUGAUGGAGAAGCAUGCGCCGGGCAAAGUGAUAGCGGCAGAAGGUCAGCAGGGGGUUGUUGCACAAAACGCACAACAAACUCACAACUGGCUUCGCAGGAAGGCGUGUGCAAGCGCUAUGCCUCUCGUAUUGCGAUGUUGUAAUGCAGACAAGCCGAAACGAACCACGCAAGGAAACGGCCAUCUGAGUCGUGGUCGUCUCGUCCCAUCAAAGAGCCUUGAUGCAUGCGACUGUGGUCUCGGGUCUCGCCAGAGGGGCCGACGAACCAGCAAACUGUGCUGCCCCGACGGCGUUAAUUGGUGUAAUGGGGUGGGUUUGCGACUUUUGAUUGAACGAGGGCAUGCGUAACAGCAACAGCAACAGCAACAAUCUCGACCAAUCUUUCGAACCGGGCUUCCGUGACCGGGUAUCGCCUGGUACCUAGACCGUGGUCAAUCUCGGUGAGGCGGCAGACGGCAGCCAGGUCAAGAAGCGGUGGCAUGCCGGCGGCCGCCAUCCCCAACCGAAAGAGGAAUCAAGUUUUGUUUGUAAGUCGGACCCCGGGACGACCAUACGAAGCCUGUUAAACUAAUCCAUGGGCCGGCGCUGCCGUGAUUUGCUCGGCGUGUGCAUUUCACCUGAGUCUGUAGUGGUGUGCUCGACGGAGCGCUGGAGCGUAAGAGAACC